GAGAUUUCCCCUUCUCAACAGCACGAGUUCGAUCUUAUCAUCAAUAGUGAUCACUACCAAAUGGGCAGUACAGUCUGCCUCACCAUUUCCAAUACGUUUGCCACAAGGAUAGGAAUCAUUCCUCGUUUUGACUCGCCAAAACUCAAUUCUAGAAGCUCACUCUCGUUUCUAUCGUUCUCUGCCCACAAUUUCGUUUCCCUCAAGCACUCUUCGCCCAUGGACACUUCUUUCCAAGUUAAAGCUUCUUCUUCCGCUACUGAUGCAACGACUGAGGGGUUGGAUGCUUCUUCGGGUGUGGCUAUUGGGGCAAAUGACUUGCUGAUCGUCGGACCGGGGGUGCUCGGGCGUUUAGUCGCUGAAAAAUGGCGAGAGGAACACCCAGGUAGUCAAAUUUUUGGGCAAACCAUUACCACUGAUCAUCAUGAUGAACUGAUCCAAAUGGGAAUCAAACCAUCUUUGAAAGAAAACAAGCUUUCUGAUAAGUUCCCUUAUGUUAUCUUCUGUGCUCCUCCAUCACGAACUGAAGAUUAUCCUGCUGAUGUCAAGGAGGCUGCAUUGAAAUGGAAUGGCGAAGGUUCUUUUCUGUUCACCUCAAGCUCUGCACCGUAUGAUUGCUUUGACAAUGGGCCAUGCAAUGAGGAUUCCCCAGAUGUGCCAAUAGGGAGAAGCCCUAGGACUGAUGUUCUUCUAAAGGCAGAGAAAGCUGUGCUAGAAUUUGGUGGCUCUGUUGUUAGAUUGGCUGGACUUUACAAAGCCGAUAGAGGCGCACAUACCUUUUGGUUAAGCAAAGGAACUUCGGAGAUUCGUCCAGAUCACAUCCUCAAUCUUAUACACUAUGAGGAUGCAGCUUCACUAGCUAUUGUCAUCUUGAAAAAGAAACUUCAUGGUCGGAUCUUUUUGGGGUGUGACAACCACCCUUUGUCCAGGCAAGAAUUGAUGGACCUGGUCAAUAAAAGUGGGAAGUAUAGCCAGAAGUUUAAGGGCUUCACAGGAACUAGUGAUCCACUAGGCAAGAAAUUAAACAACUCAAAUACGCGUACAGAACUAGGAUGGGAGCCUAAAUAUCCUAGCUUUGCUCAAUUCCUCGGGGUUUCAGAGUAAUCUGUUACCAUUACUAUGGGUUUGUGAUUUGUCAAGGGAGAGCAAACAGAUUCCCUACAUAGAGCAAAUAAACUUUAGUAGUGUUUCAUUUUUCACUUAGUUGCCUUUAUAGUCUAUACAUUAUUUCUACCAUACAUGCAAGGCUGGCUCAGACACAUUCAGUUACAAAAGCGGCGCAUUAAUUGCUGUGUGGUGUAAUUGAUACGCUACAAGUUUUGCAUGUUUGGUUGCAACAGCGAAACCUGAUUAACUUUGCUAUCGCAUGUCUUGUAUGUAGACGAUUGAUUUAACUGAUAAUGCUAGCUGUUCACCUCUGUGAUGCGUUGAUCACAGCUGACCUUGACAUCAUACUUGUAGUUUUUGUAUAUUAACUGCCAGAUCAUAUUGUCUGUUCA